AUGGGCCCAACAAAUGGACAACAAUUUUUCAUUGUUGUUGAUGCCUUCUCCAAAUGGGUAGAGGUAAUACCCACAAAAACAGCAACUACCGAUUGGACUAUUAAGGAGUUGAAGAAACUUUUUAGUACUUUUGGUCUUCCAAGCCUCCUAAUUUCAGAAAAUGGACGAAGUUUCACUUCUCUUACUUUUCAAGAGUUUCUUAAGUCAUGUGGAACUCAACACAAAACGACUGCUCCGUUCCACCCAUCAUCUAAUGGACAAGCUGAACGCUUUGUACAAACAGUGAAGAAGAUAUUAGAUGAACCAGGAACACUUGACAGUAAAAUUCACAAGGCGUUAAUUCAACUCCGUCAAGUACCAAACUCAACAGGAAACUCGGCAUACUAUCUCAUGUUCAACAGACAAGUAAGAACAUACCUCAGUGUUAUGAUACCUUCUAGAAUCGAGGACUCAAAAGACAAACCUAAAGGUAUAACACGCAUAUUUAAGGUGGGAGACCGUGUUCAAGUGAGAAACUACUACAAGGGUCAGACAAAAUGGAGUUUCGGAAAAGUUACAUCAAGAGAUGGAAAUCUACAUUACAACGUUGAACUGGAGAACGGAGUAACAUGCAGACGACAUGUAGAUCAAAUGCUGCGAUCAAGACUUUAA